AUCUCCUCCCGUCGCGGAGCCGGACGGCCCGUGCCCCCGUCACCGCUCGAUCUCUCUCUCGCCACAUCUCUCAACGCCAACCAUGGCACCAUGGCCAUGCGCAGCAUCCAGCGCUUCUCCGCGAACGAGUACACUCCGUUGAUACGGGACCAGAUGGCCGCGACGCGCCAGAUGGUGCGCUCGCCCAUCCGCUCCCCCGUCCGCUCCCCCACCGACUCGGAAGUGACUAUCCGCGCUUCUGACUGGCGCACGCCGUCCCCCUCCACACCCCGCGUCCGCAUCAUCCCCCCAACACCGCUCGAAGGGCCCGCGCGCCUGCCCGACGAGCCUGAGUAUUUUGGCGGCGCUGUCGAAGAGGAGGAGGAGCGCGGGUGGUGGACGACUGUGGCGGGGUGGGCGGGGAUGGCAUGUUUCUUGCCCGUCAAGCUGUGCGUGUAUGCCAGCCGGGCGAGCAAGAGCGGGACUGUUGCGUCGCGGGUCGCGUAGGCUUUCAGAAGAGGAGGAGGAAGGAAGGGAGGUUGUAUGAGGCUUGGUAGACUGUACACAAUGAUUCACGCUUUAUGAGUAUGGGG